AUGAACCUGAAUAUUAGGGGGCACAAAACACAAGAAGCUUUUGCAUAUGAAGUCCUCCAUUUGGCCAAUAUCAACAAGGCCCUCCAUGAGAAGAAUUAUCCAAACCCUCAAGCAAAAUUACCAAGGCACUACCACAAAUCUCUAGAUGUUUUCAGCAUGAAGAACACCCACAAGCUACCUUUCUAUUACAGAUCCAAAAUCAACUACCAGAUCAAACUGAUAGCAGAGAACAGAAAGAAAUCUUAG